AUGCAGGGUUGGAUACCGAUCCAGACAAAGGAGUGCCCACUUCAUAUGGCUAUUAUCACUUCUCCAAGAAGCCAAGUUGGGAACAACAACGUCCCAGUGCAGACCAGAGUGGAAAGUGAGAAGAGUGAUUUGUCUGAGGACGAAAUGUGUGUGUUACAGGUACAGUCGUAUGAUAAAGGGGAAUUUGUUUGCACGGGCAUUAAUGGUAGUUCUCAACUGCCCACACAGACUUGUCAAGUACGGGGUAGACUUAAGCAACAUAUACAGUUUUGGAAGCGAUCGAGGCUCCAAAAUUUAUUCUAAACACGAAACGUGAAGGGUAUAAAAUUGCAUUCUUAGUUGAACCAGCAUAUUCUUUCAAGUCGAACAAUCGUUCCGCAAAAUUGCACGACGAUUUUGUUAGUGAUACAAUCAACGAGUUAUUAGAGGGAGAUCCGAUUUCUGAAGUACAAUGUAGACAAGAUUUACAUGUAGUCAGUCCUCUCUCAGUAUCCGUUCAGCCAUCAGGGAAGAAAAGACUUAUCCUAGAUUUCAGGCUCGUUAAUAAAUGCCUUUUACAAGAAGGUAGAGUUUGAUGAUCAUAAGAAAGCCCUCGAAAUUUUUUACUUUAAACGGUUUCAUGACAAAAUUUGAUUUAAAAAGCGGAUAUCGCCAUGUUGAUAUUUUUUCGGGGCAUCGAAAAUAUUUGGAAUUUAGUUGGACUUUUAAAAACGGUGUACCAAGAUAUUUCAACUUCAAUGUAUUACCUUUUGGGUUGUCAAAUGCUCCAUACAUAUUUACAAAAUUAUUGCGCCCUCUUGUGAAAUUGUGGCGAAGCAGGGGUUUACAUUCCUUAGUAUAUUUGGACGAUGGUCUUGGCAUAGAAGAAACGGUUGAGAAAGUUGAAUAUGCCGCCCAUCACAUUCGAGGGGAUUUGUUCGCAGCGGGGUUUAUUGUAGCCGAAGAAAAAAGUGUUUGGGAUCCAACGCAAAUUCUAGAAUGGCUUGGAAUUAAGUGGAAUUCGAAAAGUGGGAAUAUUUCUAUAGCAGAUAAGCGUAUCACUAAAGCUGCAGCUUUGCUUCGCAAUGCCAGUGAAUUUCCAACAAAAUCUGCUCGUGAAUUAGCUAAAAUAGUGGGAACUAUUAUUUCCAUGGGCCCUGUGUUGGGUAGACUUACACGUAUAAUGACCAGACAUUGUCAAAUGACAGUAGCUGUAGGGCAAGAUUGGGAUACGAAAUAUGCAUUAGACAAUUAUUGUUUGUCUGAAAUUAAUUUUUGGUUGCAAAAUUUACAAUUUGUAAACAGUAAGUACUGCUUCAAUCGCAUAGCACACAACAAAAUGGUUUAUUCUGACGCCAGUGCGUAUGCUUGUGGAGCAUUAGUACAGGGUGAGACCCAAAUGGUUUGUUACAAAAUGUUUACCCCUGAGGAGGUAUCCUGUAGUUCAACACAUCGUGAACUGAUUACCAUAUUGUACAGUUUAGAAGCCUUUGGGGAAAAACUGUUUAAUUCCCGUAUUAAGUGGUUCACGGAUAAUCAAUCUACCGCGAAGAUUGUAGAUGUGGGUAGUAUGAAGUUGACUUUACAUGCACUUGCCUAUAAAAUUUUUUCAUACUGUUUGGCAAAUAACAUUGAUAUGAGUAUUCAAUGGAUUCCACAAGAAUUGAACGCCCAAGCUGAUUUCAUAAGCAAAAUUAAGGAUUGUGACGAUUGGCAAAUUACCUCUGAUUUUUUUUUUUAA